AUGACUGUGGCAGUAGGCGCAGUCACUGCACAUGAAACCCCAUUGAAACCCCCAGAUGUUGCUCCGUGCAGGACUGACAUGCAAUUGUCCGUGGUGACACCACGGACAUUUGCCUGUUGCUCCCACCCACAGCAACAUCCGGACAAAUCCAAGUGCGUGACUGCGGAAGUAUGCGCAGUGACCGCCCGUGAAGCCCCACUGAAACCCCCAGAUGUUGCUCCGGCCGGAACGAAAAGGCACAUGUGCAGGUGUCGAUUGGGAAACCUAACCUGCCCGCUGGGAGCCUCCGUACCGAAGCCUCACACUAGCCCGGGCACGUCGCCCAUUGCCUUUCGAACAAGACCCAACAGAACCAUCCAAGGUGAAUACCCGUACUCCCCUCGACUUAUUGCCGAUCUCUCCUCGCGCCAACUUCAAGGACACCGAUCUAGAGAGAAAAUCCGUUUGAAGUUUUGCGAUGGCCAAAUCAAAGAACCACACCAAGUUCGUCCAUGCCCUCCGUUCACCAUCGAUCAACGGGACUGCAAUCUCCAGCUCAUGAUAUCUAAUGUCAUAUGUUUCUAUGUUCAAUUUCUACACAGUCACAACCAAAACAAGAAGGCCCACAAAAAUGGUAUCCACCGACCUUUGCGUUGCCGAUACCCCUCCUUGAAGGGUGUUGACCCCAAAUUCCGAAGAAACCAGAAAUUUGCCAAACACGGGACCCAGAAGGCGCUUGCCGCCGCCCGAGCGGAGAAGGCAUAA